AGUCUACCACAAGUUCAUCUACACAUCUAUUCUGUCAUCUCUGCCCUCACUUGGUUCCCAGGAACAUCCGGAAGCACACAGUACAGUACUCUGCCGCACGGAGGGGCGGAUGAAAUACACUUUCUCUCCCUCUCUCAGGGGUUUCCUGUUGAAAUAGUUGAAUUACCGGUGCUGUGCUGGGAGAAGCGUCAAAACACCUCAAACGGACAGACAGGUUUAUUUUAAAUGACAUUUUACAACAUUUUACACUGAAGCUCUUCCACGCGAUUUUUAUUGUCCACUUGUCGAGGAUGGGAAACUGAUGGCCUUUCUCAUGUUGGAGGCUAGCUGUUCACUCUGAAGGCGCAGGAUGAAAAGAUGGAACAGCUGCUUGUACCACCAGGUCCAGACAGCUUCCGCCCCUUUAGUCGUGAGUCCCUCAAAGCCAUCGAGAGCCGGAUCGCCGAGGAGAACGCCAAGAAGCCCAAGGGAGAGAAGAAAAAACGCAAUGAUGAGAAUAAGAUCAAGCCCAGCUGUGACCUGGAGGCGGGCAAAUCACUCCCUAUUCUGUAUGGGGACACUCCUAAAGGCAUGGUGUCGACACCGCUGGAGGACCUGGAUCCCUACUACUUUAAUCAGAAAACUUUCAUAGUAUUAAACAAAGGAAAAUGCAUCUUCCGCUUCAACGCCGCUCCUGCCUUGUACCUCCUGAGCCCCUUCAACCUUCUUAGAAGAUUAUCAAUUUGCAUUUUGGUACACUCAUUGUUCAGUAUGCUGAUUAUGUGCACUAUCCUCGCCAACUGUGCAGUUAUGACACUGAGUGGACCAAAUUCCUGGGCAAAGACUGUAGAGUACAUAUUUACUGCAAUCUAUACGCUUGAAUCCCUCAUUAAAAUUUUAGCCCGAGGGUUCUGCAUAGGGAAGUUCACGUUUCUUAGAGAUCCCUGGAACUGGCUGGAUUUCAGUGUCAUUGUCAUGGCGUAUGUAACAGAGUUUGCAAACCUAGGCAAUUUUUCAGCUCUUCGCACAUUCAGAGUGCUGAGAGCUUUUAAAGCUAUUUCAGUUAUCCCAGGCCUGAAGACCAUCGUUGGUGCGUUGUUCCAGUCAGUGAAGAAGCUUGCCAAUGUGAUGAUUCUCACCGUCUUCUGCCUGAGUGUCUUCGCCCUAAUAGGGUUACAACUGUUUAUGGGCCAUUUAAAACACAAGUGUGUCCGGAACCUAACACUUGAUAAUUCCACCUUCAUAUCAUCAUAUGGGAACUACACAGAUAGCAUUGAGGCCUGGAAAGCUUACAUCGCUGAUGACAAAAAUCAUUAUUACCUUCCAGGAAAAAAAGAUCCAUUGCUUUGUGGCAACAGCAGUGAAGCUGGGCGGUGUCCAGAGGGUUUUUUUUGCUUCAAAGUGGGAAGGAACCCAGACUAUGGUUACACCAGUUUUGACUCAUUUGGUUGGGCCUUCCUCUCUCUGUUUAGACUGAUGACACAGGAUUACUGGGAGAACCUUUACCAGCAGACAUUGCGGGCAUCUGGAAAGCCCUACAUGAUUUUUUUUGUGCUGGUGAUAUUCCUCGGUUCCUUCUACCUGAUCAACCUGAUCUUGGCUGUAGUAGCUAUGGCCUACGAGGAGCAGAGCCAGGCCACCAUAAAGGAGGCGAAGGAGAAGGAGGAAAAGUUUCAGGCCAUGCUUGAGCAGCUGAGACAGCAGCAAGAGGAUGCUCAGGCAGCAGCCGCUGCAGCUGCUGCAGAGGGUGGGGAGGCCAGCGAUAAAGCCGUUGGCCCAGAGAGCUCCUCUGACAAUUCCAAGCUCAGCUCCAAAAGUGCUAAAGAGAGACGCAACAGGCGAAGAAAAAUGAAGGAAGAGGGCAAAGGGGGUGAUGAGAAGGUUCCUAAAUCCGAGUCACAGGACAGUAUGAAGAAAGCUCGCUUCCGCUUCUCUGUGGAUGCAAACCAGCUCAACUAUGACAUGAAAUGUUCAUCCGCACAUCAGUCUUUUCUGAGUUUUCGUGGGCCCCUGUUCUCAUCCAGACGGAACAGCAGGACCAGCCUUUUCAGUUUCCGAGGCCAAGCGCAGGAGGUGGGCUCAGAAAAUGAGUUUGCUGAUGAUGAGAACAGCAUUUUUGAGGACAACCUGAGUCGGAGGGGCUCUUUGUUUCUUCCCCGGAGUUGUGAUCGACGCAGCAGCAGUAUGAGCCAGUGCAGCUCCUUGUCGCAUCGACUAAUUCCACCCAGUAGGAUCAAGCACAGCUCCGUAGACUGCAAUGGGGUUGUGUCUCUGGUGGGUGGGAAUUCACUCCCAUCGUCACCUGUGGGACUUCUUCUGCCUAAAGUGACAAUAGAUAUGGCCUCCAUCGGAGACAAUGCUGACACCACUGACACAGAAUACAGACAGGCCGGCGGAGGAACACACCAGGAGUUGAUGGACUACCUUGAGGGCCCAGAGGCUAGACAGAGAGCUCAUAGUAUAGCAAGUGUCAUAACCAGCACAAUGGAGGAGCUUGAAGAGUCAAGGCAGAAGUGUCCUCCUUUCUGGUACGAUUUUGCCCAUACCUUCCUCAUCUGGGAAUGUUGUCCAGCAUGGCUGAAGAUCAAGAGGCUGGUUAAAUUAAUUGUGAUGGAUCCAUUUGGGGACCUUACCAUCACAAUCUGCAUUGUACUCAACACAUUGUUUAUGGCCAUGGAGCAUUAUCCAAUGAGCAAUGGUUUCACCAAAAUGCUGUAUGUGGGCAAUGUGGUAUUUACUGCAAUCUUCACGGCUGAAAUGGUUCUCAAGAUCAUUGCUUUGGACCCAUACUAUUACUUCCAGGAGAGAUGGAAUAUUUUUGAUGCAAUAAUUGUCAGUUUAAGCUUGAUGGAGCUAUGUUUGGAAAAAGUGGGUGGCAUGGCUGUUCUGAGAUCAUUCAGAUUGCUGAGAGUAUUCAAGUUGGCUAAAUCGUGGCCCACUCUUAACACACUGAUCAAAAUAAUUGGUAAUUCAGUGGGGGCUUUGGGCAACCUGACGCUGGUGCUGGCCAUUAUCGUCUUCAUCUUUGCUGUAGUGGGCAUGCAGCUAUUUGGAAAAAACUACAAGGAACAUGUGUGUAAAAUCUGCAAAACAUGCACUGAUGGCCGUCUGCCCCGUUGGCACAUGAAUGACUUCUUCCAUUCAUUCCUCAUUGUGUUCCGAGUGCUUUGUGGAGAGUGGAUAGAGACCAUGUGGGACUGUAUGGAGGUGGCUGGGGCGCCCAUGUGCAUCAUUGUCUACAUGAUGGUCAUGGUUAUUGGAAACCUUGUGGUGCUGAACCUGUUCCUGGCCCUGCUGCUCAGUUCAUUUAGUGCUGACAACCUGGCAGCGACAGAAGAUGACAGCGACAUGAACAAUUUGCAGGUUGCCAUUGGACGGAUUCACAAAGGCAUUGCCUUUGUCAAGUCUCUGCUUCGAAACAGCUGCAACAGUGUCUGUCUCAGGUCAAAGAAGAAAGGGAAAGGUGAGGACAAAUCCCUGGAUGAGCUACACAAACCUUUCGGGCCGAAUGGUGUCCCCAACCACAUCAUCAAAGAUUUUCCUAAGAAUGGAAAUGGGGAUGUGACCGGAGUGGACAAAACUGGAGACAAGUACAUAGUCAGCAGCAAGAGUGAUGAUUCUAUAAUGUCUUUCAUCAACAAUCCUAGUCUGACUCUCACUGUUCCUAUUGCUGUGGGAGAGUCUGACUUUGAAAACCUUAACACGGACGACUUCAGCAGUGCCUCGUCUGAUGCAGCAGGAUGCCAUGUGAUUGUAGAUGACGAUGACCAGUCCAGCUCCUCUGAGGGCAGCACAAUAGACGGUGUGCCAGGCGGGGAGGGAAGAGACUCUGUAGACUUUGAAUUGGAAGAAUCUAUGGAACCGGACGCAUGCUUUCCUGAUGGCUGUGUGCAAAAGUUCCAAUGUUGUCAGGUAAAUGUCGAAGUGGGCUGGUGGAAGGUGUGGUGGACGCUUAGAAAGACCUGUUACCACAUCGUGGAGCACAACUGGUUUGAGAGCUUUAUCAUCUUCAUGAUCCUGCUUAGCAGUGGAGCACUGGCAUUUGAGGACGUCUACAUUGAGAAGAGGAAGACCAUUAAAACGAUGUUGGAGUAUGCAGAUAAAAUCUUCACCUAUAUCUUCAUUCUGGAGAUGUUACUGAAGUGGGUGGCAUAUGGAUAUGCCAAGUAUUUUACAAAUGCCUGGUGCUGGCUGGACUUCCUCAUUGUUGAUGUCUCACUGGUCACGAUGGUAGCCAACGCCAUGGGAUGUUCUCACCUCGGUCCCAUUAAGUCUCUGAGAACCCUGCGAGCUCUGAGGCCGCUGAGGGCCCUGUCUCGGUUCGAAGGCAUGAGGGUGGUUGUGAAUGCCCUGCUUGGAGCCAUUCCUUCCAUCUUCAAUGUGCUGCUGGUAUGCCUCAUCUUCUGGCUCAUCUUCAGCAUCAUGGGAGUCAACUUACUUGCGGGGAAGUACGGCCGUUGUGUCAAUAGAACCUCGGAUGAAAAUUUCUUUCCAUCAGAUGUGAAUAACAAGACAGAAUGUGAGAACCUUGACAAAGAGGUUGCUCGCUGGAAGAACCACAAAAUCAACUUUGACAAUGUUGGCUUGGGUUACCUUGCACUGCUGCAAGUGGCUACAUUCAAGGGCUGGAUGGACAUCAUGUAUGCUGCUGUGGAUGCUCAAAGCAAGCCAGAACAACAACCAGAAUAUGAGAAGAACAUGUUAAUGUACAUAUAUUUUGUUGUUUUCAUUAUAUUUGGAGCCUUCUUUACACUCAAUCUCUUCAUUGGUGUCAUCAUAGACAAUUUCAAUCAGCAAAAGAAAAAGUUUGGAGGUCAAGACAUCUUCAUGACUGAAGAACAGAAGAAAUACUACAAUGCCAUGAAAAAACUGGGGUCAAAGAAACCUCAAAAACCUAUUCCUAGACCAUCAAACAAAAUUCAAGGAUACAUCUUUGACUUCACCACAAAACAGACAUUUGAUAUUGUAAUAAUGGUUCUAAUAUGGCUUAAUAUGGUAGCCAUGAUGGUGGAAACUGAAGACCAGUCCGACCAAACGAGCAAUAAUCUCUACUGGAUUAAUGUCGUAUUCAUUAUCAUCUUCACUGGAGAGUGUUUGUUGAAGAUGAUCGCGCUUCGUCAUUACUUUUUCACAAAUGGUUGGAAUGUGUUUGACUUCAUCGUUGUCUUCCUGUCAAUCAUUGGUUUGUUUCUCUCAGAACUGAUAGAGAAUUAUUUUGUUUCACCAACCUUGUUCAGAGUCAUCCGAUUGGCUCGGAUUGGUCGCGUCCUCCGCCUUAUUAAAAGCGCCAAAGGAAUCCGCACACUCCUGUUUGCCUUGAUGAUGUCACUUCCUGCCUUGUUCAACAUUGGUCUCUUGCUUUUCCUGGUGAUGUUUAUCUAUGCCAUCUUUGGCAUGGCAAACUUUGCUUACGUCAAGAGGGAAUCAGGCAUUGAUGAUCUUUUUAAUUUUGAGACAUUUGGCAACAGCAUGAUCUGUUUGUUCCAGAUCACCACCUCAGCAGGGUGGGAUGGCCUACUUGCUCCCAUUCUCAACAAACAUGAAGAAGAUUGUAACAAUUCCACGGAGCAUCCUGGCACUCCUGGUCAGGGAGACUGUGGAUCUCCUGCUGUGGGGAUUGCCUUCUUUGUGAGCUACAUCAUCAUCUGUUUCCUGAUUGUGGUGAAUAUGUACAUUGCGGUUAUCCUAGAAAACUUUGGUGUGGCCACUGAGGAGAGCACGGACCCACUAAGUGAGGACGAUUUUGAAACAUUUUAUGAGGUCUGGGAAAGGUUUGAUCCUCAUGCAACACAGUUCAUGGAGUACAAUAAGCUGUCAGAAUUUGCAGAUGCUCUGGACCCACCAUUACGCAUAGCCAUGCCUAACAAGCUGGAACUGAUCUCUAUGGAUUUACCCAUGGUGAACGGCGAGCGGAUUCACUGCCUGGACAUCCUGUUUGCAUUCACAAAACGUGUUCUGGGCGAGGGUGGGGAGAUGGACAUCCUAAGGGGGCAGAUGGAGGAGCGCUUCAUGGCCUCCAAUCCUUCCAAAGUGUCCCAUGAACCCAUCACUACCACCCUCCGCCGCAAACAGGAGGACACGUCAGCCAUUGUCAUCCAGAGAGCAUUCAAAAAGUAUGUAAGGAAGCAUGCUGCCAUAAAGGCCUUAUACUCAUCCAGUAACAAUAUUCAAAAAGAUGAAACACACAUUGACAAGGAGGAUCUUGUCACAGACAAACUCCAAGACAUUUCUAGUGCCGAUAAAAGUGAACUGACUCCUUCAACGGCCCCUCAACCUUCAUGUAACAGUGUGACAACAAAUGGAAAAAACAAAUAUGAAAAAGACAAAAGUGAAAAGGAGGUUGAGGGCAAAGAUGUCAGAGAGUAAUAAAAGAAUGCUGGAGAUGCAACAAAGACAUUGUAAUUAAUGACAAAAUGUUUACAACCUUAGAAAGUGACUAAGACAUCCAUUGGACUCCAUUCCUUAGUAUGGAUAUCUAUGCCAAACUGACCAUGCUUACUUGAAUCUAAAGGUUAGUGUAAAGCGCCUCAUUCAGGCUGUAGUGGGGCAAUGUUGGCUGUGUCCAGGAGCAAGGAUGUUUGUGGGGAUGGCUAAGUGUUCCGAAAGACACAGUAUUUAAUGCUUUAAAUUCUAUUGCAGCUAGUUCUGCUAUCCACUGUCUUGAAUUAUUGUUAUAUCACUGACUGUUGUAUUACUUUACCUACCUUUUUUUCAUGCAGAAAAAAAUAUUUUUUACGUUAUUACUUCAUUUAUAGUUUGGUUAAUUUAGUUUUUAUACACUUUUUUUUUUAACUUUUCAAAAGGGGUGUUCCUUCAGGGGUAGUCUUCACAACGAGAAGCAUUGCUUUCAGACUAGUCUUGCUUGCUGAUAGCGCUUAGAAUACUUCACAGAUCCAAGACACCACAUUGGAGUUGCUGCAGUUAACUAGCAAUGUAGACCUGCAUGAAUCUUACUCCAUGAUUAUGCAUGCUAGAGGGUACUGUUUUCAUCAUGCUUUCUCCCUGACCAUCAUGCUUCUUGCUUCAAGUAUACUGUACAGUCACAACAUGGCUGUUUCUUAAUCUGGGAUGAGUUUUGCCUACAGUCGAAACAAAUUCAGCCGAGUGUGUUGAUUAUGUUUGAUUAUCAAUGUAAGAGCAGAGACACUUGGCAGAAAUACUUGCACAUCCAGUUUUUGUUUUUUUAACCUUUAUUUAUUCAGGUAAGGUUCACUAAGAGGCAACCUCUCUUUUGAACGCCCUGAUCACAUUCACACAGUUACACAUUCGUACCUGGAAGCUGCCCAGUAUAACGACAGUCUGAUCUGCUGGC